CGUAGACCUAUUGUGCUUACUGAAUACGAGACCUUCCUGCCUCCUGACCUGGUUCCCUGGACUCCCGUGAGACCUUGGGCUUACGCUUUACAUCAUCUAGCACCAAAUACACGCCAGUAUGAUAGCAGGUGCAUGAGCAGUGCUUACCGAACAAGAAACAAGAGCGAGUGCAAGGGGUGUGGAGGGUGUAUAGGGUGCAAUGGAAAAACCCCAUCAAGCUACUGCACGCAAAAACGCCUUUUGUAUAUUCCCUGGCCGCGGGAAUAAGCUGCCUAUUUCAAAGAACAGUUUGGUACAAUAUCGUUGUUGCCCUUACGAAACACAGUAUCAUCACUCCAAGUCUGCGCUUUCAGCUACAUUUUCAAAAACUGUUUUAUGGUUGAUUCCGAGCAAUCUAUACUCCAUUGUUUUAUGCGCUUGCUCUCAAUCUAGUAUUCUGCAGACUUUUUCUAUACACCUUGACGUGAUAGUUGUUGCAUUCAGGUCUACUUUUGCUGCGACUGGUAUACCUCAACGCUGAGAGAUCUAAGCUCCGCCAUGACUGAUCAUACCAACGGCAAUAUCAAUGGCGACAUCAAUGGCCAAAAUGGGCUGAACGGCCAUGCUUCUGGCAGCGACUCAAAUGGAGUUUCAAGUCCGGCUCAUUUUGAUUUAGAUGCCAUCGUUGUUGGCGCUGGAUUUGCAGGCAUCUACCUUCUUCAUCAAUUGCGAAAGGAGGGUUUGAGAGUGAAGAUUGUCGAGGCUGGCCACGGUCUCGGUGGUGUUUGGUAUUGGAACUCUUACCCGGGAGCACGAACGGACACGCCAGUCCCCGCGUACUCUCUCAAUAUCCCCGAAGUGUUCGAGACUUGGACGUGGACCGAGGAGCAUCCUGGACAUGAAGAGCUCAAGGCAUACUUCCGCCACAUUGAUAGCGUUCUCGACAUAUCAAGGGAUGUCUUCUACGGAGAGAGACUUACUACGGCCACCUUUGACGAAGCCAUCGGUAAGUGGCAUUUGGAAUCAGACCAAGGAACUACUUUCACUGCCCAAUUCUUUUGCCCAUGCCUCGGGUUUGCUUCAAAGCCCUAUUUCCCUAGCUGGCCGGGUUUACAAAACAACUACCAAGGCCGUAUUCUUUACCCGCAUCUUUGGCCAUCCGAGGAUAUUGAUAUGCGGGAGAAGAAAGUGGUCGUUGUCGGCACUGGAGCAACCGGUAUCCAGAUCGCCCAAGAGGUCGCCCGCGAUGCGAAACAGCUGAUAUGUUUUGUACGCACUCCCAAUCUGUCUUGGCCCUUGGUUCGAAGGAUGAUCGAACCAGAACAGGCCUUGAAAGAGCGUCCCCUGCUGAAAUACUGGCUCGGCGAGAAACGCUUUACAAACGUGGGAGGCUGGCUUUAUGAUUUAACAACUCGCGGAGUAAUGGACGAUACGCCCGAGGAGCGAGAGGCUCGACUUGAGAAAGACUAUCGAGAGGGCGGCUUGAAAUGGUGCUUCUGCUCCUAUAACAACAUAUUGGGAACACAAGUAGGAAACGACGAAGUGUAUAAGUUCUGGCGCCGCAAGACGCACGAGCGAAUGGCAGACAAGGAAAAGGCCGAGCUCCUGGCGCCGUUGAAGCCGCCGCAUCCGUUUGCUGGCAAACGGACGGCACUCGAGCAGGACUACUACGAACAGAUGGAUAUGCCGCACGUCACUCUGGUAGAUGUGAAGAACAAUCCUGUGGUACAGGCGAUAUCCAACGGUCUCGUCACCGCCGACGGCACCGUCCACGAAGCCGACAUCAUCAUCUUGGCGACAGGCUACGACGCCGUGACUGGCGGGUUGAGACAGAUAUCCAUCACCGGGCUGAACGGACUCACGCUCGAGGAGAAGUGGAGUGACGCGACCCAUUCUUAUCUUGGCCUCAUGCUUUCCGGUUUCCCCAACAUGUUCUAUACCUACGGCCCGUUGUCUCCCACAGCGUAUGCUACCGGGCCUGCUAUUUGUGAGUUGCAAGCGCACUGGAUUAUCGAUACGAUGAGGAAGAUGCGAGAACAAGGCGUGACGCGAAUUGAUGCCACGGUAGAUGGGGAGCGUGAGUGGAGGGAAAAGGUCGAUACAAUACACGCGUAUACUCUGAGGGAGCAUGUUGAGGGAAGUUGGUACCUUGGGUUGAACGUGCCUGGUAAGCGACGGGAAGUUCUAAUCUAUUCGGGCGGCCUCCCGAUGUACAAAAAGGAGAUAAUGGAUGCCAUUGUGCCGGACUGGAAAGGGUUUACUGUGACUUAAUGCACCGUCAGUCGUGCGAGAACUAGACAGCUAGAAUAAUCCCUGCAUAUAUCAGCAUUCACCUUAGAGAUGUUCGAUUGUAGCCCA